UGAGCGCCCCCGACCUGUCUCUACUUCCAGAUCGAAGAUGGCGGUCUCGGUGUUCCCCGGCGUGCGGCUCCUCUCCAUCGGAGACGCGAACGGAGACAUACAGCGACACUCAGAGCAGCAGCCGCUGCGGCUAGAAGUCAAGAGCACGCACGAUGCCGCUCUCAUCAAUCUCUCCAAUGGAGAGGAGGAGAGUGUGUUCAAGUGUUCGAUUUCCAGGGAGACUGAGUGCAGCCGCGUGGGGAAGCAGUCGUUCAUCAUCACACUGGGAUGCAACAGCGUCCUGCUGCAGUUCUCCUCGCCUGCAGACUUUCAGUCCUUUUAUAACCUCCUGAAGAACAGUCGUGGGCACGUCAAUGAGCGCUCCACCUUCACCGACAGAACGGAGGACUCCUCUGCUGUACAGUACUUCCAGUUUUAUGGCUACCUCUCCCAGCAACAGAACAUGAUGCAGGACUACGUCCGGACAGGGACUUACCAACGGGCUAUUCUGCAGAACCACAUGGACUUCAAGGAUAAGGUGGUGCUGGAUGUGGGCUGCGGCUCAGGGAUCCUCUCCUUCUUCGCGGCCCAAGCUGGAGCCAGGAAGGUCUACGCUGUGGAGGCCAGCACCAUGGCACAGCACGCCGAGGUGCUGGUGAACAGCAACCGCCUGGGGGAUUGCGUGAUCGUCAUCCCGGGGAAGGUGGAGGAGGUGACGCUCCCCGAGCAGGUGGACAUCAUCAUCUCGGAGCCCAUGGGCUACAUGCUGUUCAACGAGCGCAUGCUGGAGAGCUACCUGCACGCCAAGAAGUUCCUCAAGCCCAACGGUAAAAUGUUCCCCACCCUCGGUGACGUCCACCUGGCCCCCUUCACAGACGAGCAGCUCUACAUGGAGCAGUUCACCAAGGCCAACUUCUGGUACCAGCCCUCCUUCCACGGGGUCGACCUCUCUGCCCUGAGGGGCGCAGCAGUGGACGAGUAUUUCCGCCAGCCAAUUGUGGACACAUUUGAUAUCCGUAUUCUGAUGGCCAAGUCGGUCAAAUACACAGUGAACUUCCUGGAGGCCAAAGAAGAUGAUCUCUACAGGAUAGAGAUUCCCUUUAAGUUCCACAUGAUGCAUUCAGGCCUGGUGCACGGCCUGGCGUUCUGGUUUGACGUGGCGUUCGUGGGAUCAUCGGUGACCGUGUGGCUGUCCACGGCGCCCACGGAGCCCCUCACCCACUGGUACCAGGUGCGCUGUCUGCUGCAGUCGCCCCUCUUCACCAAGGCCGGGGACACGCUGUCCGGCACCGCCCUGCUGCUGGCCAACAAGAGACAAAGCUACGACAUCAGCAUCGUGGCCCAGGUGGACCAGACGGGGUCAAAGUCCAGCAACCUCCUGGACUUGAAGAACCCCUUCUUCAGGUACACCGGCACCACCCCCAACCCCCCACCGGGCUCACACUACACCUCCCCGUCCGAGAACAUGUGGAACACGUCCUACAACAUGAAUCAGGGGAUGGCUGUAUCAGGGAUGCCUGCAGCUUAUGACCUCAGCACAGUCAUUGGCGGCGGCGGCGGCGACCUGGCUGUGUCUCACAACAACCUCAUCCCCCUGGGUACGCACUGCACUCCCCCCGACUUCCCCACAUCUCACGUGAACCCCGGAAUUGUAAACCACACCCACUCCAGGAUGGGCUCCAUCAUGAGCACAGGCGUUGUCCCGGGAGCCACCACCGGCCAGUCGGGCAGCAGCGGCUCUUACUACCCAGUCACCAACCAGUUCACCAUGGGGGGCGCCGCCAUCUCCAUGGCCUCGCCGAUUGUCAUCCCCAGCAACACCAUGCAUUACGGCAGUUAAGGCGAGGACCCCACGGAGACCUCUUCGACCGCCCCGCCCCCGCAUGACAAGAGACCCCCGCCCCGGCCGACGCGCCGACCGCCGCCAAAACCAAGAUACCAAAACCAGUGCUGUGCUGGCACUGCCCCCCCCUCCUCCUCCUCCCCCCCUCCUCCUCCUCCUCCUCCUCUUCCUCCUCCUCCUCUGUUCAGUCCAUCACUAUAUGAACGGUCGAACGCUCUCGUAUCCGUCCAGACUCUUUUUGUCUCGCCAACAGACGAGCCCCCCCCCCCUGGAACCGUUGGGGACGCCACCUUGUGCCCAGCUGGGAUUCACAGCCGUUAGUAUCUAGCCCCCCCCCCCUCCUCCUCCUGUCAACUUGUAUCUCCCCACCCCCCCUUUAUCAUCUUUUGUAAUGUUUUUUUUUGGUGGUUUCUUUUAGGUGUCAUAAUGCCCCGCCCCCUUUUGACCCCGAGACUCAACUACCCAGAAGCCUCCUUGAGUUCCCGCAUCUACAGUACAGCUUUUUGUUUGAUUGGGCCAUUGUUAUCAUCAUCAUCAUCAUCAGUACUCGUCUCUGGGCUGUAGGCCCCCCCACUCACCAUGCUAUGCAGUGUCGGGUGUUGAGUGGCGCUCUCAGACCUCUGAAGCCUGAGCCCCCGGAAGAGUCUGGAACAUGUGCUUCUUCUAUUUCUGUGACUCGGACAAACGGACUCAUGAGCCGCCGCGAGGUUCCAGAAGAACGGACACGAGGCGCCGCCGUCGUCUCGUUAGCCGGGGAGUCUUUGGUUCCGGUCCUCUCCGCCAACAGCCGGCUUCCACCUUAACAUGGGCUCCAGGUCGCCACUCGGGGGGGCGGGGCGUCAGGGAGGUCGCAUGGCGUUUAAAAGGGAAGGGUGUGUAGCCGGUCUGAAAGGCCACGCAAGAGCGCCCGAGUCGGACACAGAGGGGGAAGAAGAAGAAGAGGAAGAAGAGGCCCGCUGUGAGAGAAUCCACGCGGUGGCAUGGACGUCUCAGUUCAAGCUCGAGCCAUAAAGCUGCUGCUCUUCACCACAAACACUAGUUUUUGUUGUUUUCAUCCGAGUGCACAUAUCAGCAGUCAUGGGGGGGGGGUCUGAGAAGGAACCGGUGAGGACCGACGAGCCCCACGUGGCGGCCGGCCGGCCGCCGGAUGAGUGACACCGUUCUGGAUUGGCAGCUUCCCAGUUUACGCCGCCCCUCCUCCUCCUCCUCAGCCUCUAUCGGGCUGAAGAGACUUCAACGUCGAGGCGUGGGAGACGGGGGCCAAUCCUGUGCCUCCCCCCGAUGACCUCUGACAUAUCACAACCCCCCCCCCCCCCCCGAUCUAUCAGUCACGGACAGAAGACUGACACACAUAUGCAUCGCUUCCAGUGUCGCAAACCAUCAGACUUGAGUUAGAAAAGUUGUGAGAGAUCUGAGAGAACGUUUCUUUGUAGGAUUAACCUUUUUUUUUUUUUUUAUCUUAUAUUAUGUUUUUCCGGAUUUUUUUUCUUUUUUCACAAAAACAAACUAUGAAAAAAAAAUUUAAAUUAAAUGUGGCGGAGAUGUUCCAAAACCAUCCUGGAAUCAGUUGUAGUGCUUUUUAAUUUGUGGAGUAGACGAGAUGUACACUAGCCUGUAGCCACCGUGUCCCCUGGUGUUGUUGAUGUUGAUGAACUGUUUGCUCUGUAGUCCAAAAGUGGCAUUCGCUUUUCUUUUUUUAUCAUGGAAAAGUGUGAGGAA